AGGAAGUGAAAGCGAUCACGUGAUGAGUAGACGAGAUUGCCGCCAUAUUUGAUAUGUGGAUAUGUAGUUCGGUUAUUCAUUUUGAAGUAUUUAUUCUAAUGAGACAUCAUUGGUGCGACUUCAAAAUAUUUGGUGGAAAUUUGCAUACUAAUUAAAAACUGGGUCCACAACGGUAUAGAUAUGACAGUUCGUACAUGUCUCUAAUCAAAACAAGUCAAACGAGUCUUUAAGUAUUUUGGAAGCUGUGUAUGCUCUUGUUUUCCAUAAUUUUACGGUGAUGUAUAUUUGGAAGUGUAUCAUAGCGCAACCAUAAAGAACGAACACAGACUUUUACUGAUAAAAAUAAAUUACAUAUUUUUAUUAGAAGAGAUAGGAUGGAUUUUGACUCAGCUUAUAUUGAUCCAUUAAUUAUUGAUUGGAUGGAAAAUCUUCAGCAAUCUGUGAAAGAACAUAUAAAAAUGCAUUCUAGAGUGGGUAGUUCUCGGGCAUUUUCAGCACUUGAUGAGAACGUUGUCAAUCAGUUAUUUAGUCUAGCGACAUAUCUAAACGUACAACCACAUGUAAAAUGGUUGGCCAUUCAAUUGUACGAUUCGUUUCUAAUAAAUCGGUUCACUGAACUUUAUAAUCUGUCACUUCGACACAAUUCUAAUGAUAUAUGGACGCAAAGUGUAGAAGAAAGUAGCAAGAAAGCAAGAGUAUAUGUACUGGCAUGCUUUAAAAUAGCGUCUAAACUAGAAUCUCAUACUCAUUGCUUAGGAUUAUCACAAUUUCAUGAAGCUCUACAUUUCAUGGGUGAUUUGACAGAGUAUCCUUCGAACAUAAUCAUUUCUUCAGAAAUCGAAGUUUUCAAACAAAUAGGAUUUAAAGUAUCUUUUUGCACACCAUUGCAAUGCCUUGAGAUUCUUUUGGCAGCAACAGGACUCUUGAACACACCAAACACAUAUGAUAACAUAUCAAAUUUAUUGGAUUUUGCUUACUUAAAGCAUGAGACAUUAUAUUCACAGUUUUGUUUGAAAUUUAAAAUCACAUAUAAAGUAAAUGCAGAACUUAUAGAAAGGAGAGUAAUUGAAUUAAAAAAAAACAUACUCCAUAUGUGUUCAUCUAUAAUAUUAUGUGCAACAUUCUUUUUGUCUGGAAAUAAAAGUGAUGAGUUGUUUAACAAUUAAAACUUGAUCGAUUAUGAAUCUCGAGAUAUUGACCUCGGUGCGCCUCCUUUCUACUCUCGGUCGCCCUCGUUUCAUCCCCUUUCACUAGACUUUCGUCAGACCGCGCGUGCUCCAGAUCCAUUCAGCGCAACGCAACCGGUACACGAUUCUACUAUCCAUCCUGCCGAAGUAGAUUCAUUUCUACGGCAUUAUUCACGAAGAAGCUAAAUCUACUACGCUACUACAGAGUACGAGCAAGUACGAGCAUUUGUGCGUUACAUCGAUCGCGCGCGUGCAUCGUAGCAACAGGGUCGUACAAAACUGACUUUACAUAAAUGUCAUUCUGCAUAUUAGGAUGACAAUAAUCGAAUUAGAAUAGACACGUGGUAUAAAGGGGGAACUUCCCUUCUGUAGUCGAACCUGGGGGAACGUAUGCGUAUGUGUGCGUGCAUAACCGUGCGACUAUUCAUUCGCCAGUCGUCCCAAGAUGGAGAGAAAACAACGUCGCGACUGUUCGUACGCAAGGUGGUUGUAAACACAAAGUGUAGUCAAUGAUUGUGUUAUUGUUUUCGUGUAAAAUCGACAACAAUUUGCGAUAUGGCGAAAUCUGUAUUGAGCUCGGACACACUACCAAAAGCGGGCCGUGUGAACGAAGUAUGCCGCGAAUGGCUAGUACACGAGGACGGGGCGUUGGCCUAUCGACUCCAGGAUGAAGAAAUCAAGGAACAUUAUACUGGCAACAAAACACGCAAUGCUCAGGUGAGAGAAGAUUUACCACGAGCGAAAGUUGAACAAGAACUGGAAGCAUUAAGAUAUCAAACAUAUAUUCAACAACAAGAAGAGAGAGAUGAACUUGUUGCCAGACAGAUUGCACUUUCUUUGGAACAAGAAGAAAGACAGAGGGAACGUGAAUUACAAGAAUUGAUGAGAUUGCAACUGAGAUUGGGAGAUGAAGCUAUGCAACAGGAAAUCGAAAGGCGGAUACAGGAAGAAAAAGAUGAGGAACUGGCGAGAAAACUGCAACAUGAAGAGGAAGAGGACCAUAAUGAUGGUCCAGAAGAGCAAUUAAUAAUAGAUCAAAAAAUAGCAAUGGAAGCGCAAGAUGCGGAAUUAGCGCGAAUGCUUCAAGAGAAAGAGCGUGCGAAGGCGCGUAAAGCUCGUGAGAGAGCAAGGCAAAAGAAGCUGGAGCGAGAACGUCUACAGCAACAACAGCAACAGUUCGACGAUCAGAAACUUUCCGAGCGACCUCAAAGACCGGACAAGCUAGAUUUGAGGACUCCACCAGCGAAAAGUCGAGCUCGUCAUCCCGUCAAUUAUCCUCAAUAUCCAGAUCCUGAGGAGAUUCAGACACUCGACGAUUCCACCGACAGCGUACGUGAAAUGACAAAUGUUGCGGCUAUAAUUGAUCCCACUUAUAACGCGCAUCGAGGUACCUCUAGCAGCUCGAGCAGCACGGUGAGUCCUGCUUACACUUUACCAAGGCCGCCACAGGAACUGAUGGCCGACGAUGCGCCGUGUUACAUGCCGAUUCAAGGUCAACGACGAAAUCAAGUUCAAUCGCCAUCAACUGCGCACGACGAAAAACACAAACGACGCGUUAAAGAUGGUUGUAAGCAUCAGUAAGAGAUGCUGCAAAAGUUACCUUUAAUACUUUUUUUUAUAAAAGAUUUUUUAUAAUAAAUCCUUUUAUUUGCCAUCGAAUGAGAAGAGAAGAAGUUAAUAAAUAAUAGUGUUCAUUUCUAAGAUUUAUUUCAUGGAAAGAUGCAAUUUUUGUUGUAUUAGCUUCGGUAAUUUAUAUAUAUUAAUUUUUGAUACAUAAAUUUAUACUUUUUGAAAAAUAUAAUUUUUAAAAGUUUUCCGAUAAGUAUUUCAAUAGACUGUGUAUACUGCCAUAGGUUUUGCGAUGAGAUGUAAUUCGCAUUACGCGAAGUAUAAUGUGCCUUUUAAAGGGCAUAUACGAAUCUGAAAAUGGCCUUGACACGAUGUUACGAAUUACGCACAGCAAUAAGUUGAAGCGGAUUAAUGACGUUACGAUUUCCGAUAUCCGAAUGGAUACAUUGUACCGUCCUCGAUCUUGCAUUUACAUUUUUUGCGUCCACUUUUGAACGUAUAAAAGACACUAGCUAAUAAAAAUUUAUUAAUUAUAAAAAAAAACGUAUUUCUCACAGUAUUAGGAUAUUUGACACUUAGCGGAGAGUGAGAGUAAAACAUUUACUGUAGACAAUCAGAAGAACAUUUAUAUUUAUGAAAGAUAUAUCAUUUAACUUGGUGCACUCUUAAAUGUGGCAACCAAGCAGUGACAGUAUGAAUGUUGACUGACUUGCAAAAGUUUGUCGAAAACUUUCAUAUUUUCUUAACGCGCGCAACAAAGAAUGUCGGCGUAUAACCAAAAAAUGUAUAAUAAAACUUUUUGAAACAACAAGUUACAAAUGAUGACAAAUUUUAGAAAUUUUACUGACUUUUCUAAAAAGUUAACUUUGCAAUUGAAAUAAUUGAUAAAAUGUCUUGUAUGUUUUCGACAGUAUCGCGUUUCUACAGUUAUACAUGUUAAUAAAUUUUGCUACACGCGAUACAUACAAGAUCUGUAACAUUAAUAAUAAACCAUGACUUUUUAAAGACUCUUUUUAUAGUUAGUAAGAUAGAACGUAAAAAAAUAUCAACACUGCCAAAGAUAACACUUUAAUGUUGGCCUUUAAACAGAUAAGUAAAAAUGCUAAACGUCGAGCAAGUGUUCUCUUCCGCGAACACUUUCAAACAAGAUGAGCAAGCUUUCAAAACUUUAGCUACAUUAUUAAUUGUAACAUUUUCAAGAGAAGCGCUUAAAUGGAAAAAUACUAUGAGAAGUAAACAGUUGUGUCUAUAUCUCUUUUCUUUCUAAACAAAAAUCUAUCUACACACACACUCACACACACAAUUUCACUACGAGACACUUUAUAAUAAAAAGACGCUAUCAGAGUUUAUUUAUUCUUAAGUCUUGCGAUUAUUUGUAAUAGAUGUACGUAUGCGGACUUCUUACAUGUAUACAAAAUAUUAGGUUUUGUACUCUAAAUUUUUUUAUGUAAGGAUUGUGUAUUCGGAAAGAUCAGGAUUUAUAUAUAUAUAUAUAUAUCCUAUAAUAUAUUGAUAGGUUGAAGUAAUUAUUCUAUUAGUAGAUACAUUGUAGAUUAGAAGAGUUUAUUUAUAUAAUAAUGUAUUAUUUUUGUGGUGAUUGGAACUUCAUUUUUUCUUUUAUACUAUGUAAUGUAUUACCUUUCCUUUACAUUUAUUGUAUCAAUACAACUAUACAUGUGAGAGUAUGUUAAUAAAUUAUUUACAAAGUUAUGAUACAUUUGUGUGUGCCAUUUUCGAAAAUACUAUAUGAGAGUUGUAUCCACAAAGUAUAGCAGAGAGAAAUCUGUCUCCUUAUUUAGCAACAAGUAACGACACGCGUUAAAAGUUACGGAAUAGGUGUUCGCUGAUACUACAAAAUGAAAUAUUAGAAAAUGUUAACGUAAAAAAAAACUUACUGACAGCAAAUGUGCUUUAAAAAUGUACAUAUACACGGAAUGGAUAUUAUAGCUGUCAAAAUUCAAUACCAAGGAAGAACAUGUUCAAUUAUGCUUAUGUCCAAAAGUGCAAUAUACAUACAGUUAUCAAUGAUAGUGUGUGUCAGUCAAAUAUAGUUUGGACAAGAUGCGACUGCAGCCGUUGUCUCUGUAUACUUGUGAACUCUAUCGAUGUAGAAAUAUCGUGAUAUAUUCGAGAUUGAACAAAACAUAAAAUUCUUUCAUACAGGUGACACCGUUCAAGUUCAAGUUAAUUUACAUCGGCUCGUGGAGAUUGCAAAAAAAAAAAAAUAA